UCUGUUUGAAUCUCCCUUGCAGCACUGACUUACACUUGUUAACGUUUUUUUCCCCUCCAUUCGUUUUGUUCUUGUGCCUUGUUAACUAUUAAGUGUUACCAUGUCCCAUAUAAAUUUCGUUAUUCCUCAAAAUCGUAAUGAGUUGUUAUCAGAGAGUGAUGACCAGUAUUUUGUUAAAACUAUAAUAAAUCCACGAGAAAUUACAACAACAUUGAAUGUUGCGAAGGGUUGUUAUAAAGAUGAGGGCCCAACAUAUAUAUCUGAUAAUUUCGAUAUUUAUUUCUCGAUUUUGCAUCAAGCUGAUCAACUGCCAAUGGAAAUGCUGUUUACAGCCUACGAGCAUUUGCAUAAAGCCACCCAGGAUUUGAUCAAAUCAUUGAUAUUUUUGCUAGAGGAUAAAGAUAGUGUGAAUGAGGAGAUGAAAAUGAAGUACAAUACAAUAAUCAAAAUGUUGAUGUACUUGUAUACAAGUAUUGUGCAAGUGAUUGAUCAUAAAAAUGAAAUGAAUUUCGUACAAUCUGUUAAUCGAAAGAGCAAAGGAAAGAAAAAGAAGAAUCCUGAUGCAUUCAUGCACAGUAUUGAAAGAAAGUCUGUGGUCAUAGUGUUGCAUCAAUUGAUUCAACAAGAUCUGAGAUUCUUUUUUAACUCCCCCAGCGUAGAUGACACUUUUAUCAAGUUGCUGACAGAUGUUUGUUAUGGUUUUCUGGAAGCUCCCACAAUUAAAGGAGAAAAGGAGACACGGCAAGAGAUAUUUAAUUUCCUUGGGUACUUGGUUGUCCAUGAAGGACAUGGCAUGGCGUUCGUAAUUCGUCUUGUCCAAUUAGUCAAGACUUAUGAACAUCUAACAAUCUGCAUAUCAGAGGGAGUCCAACACCUUAUUCAAAACCACAAUUGCAAAAUGUUGAUUAGGGAUUUGGUUAGGGAAAUUACAGAAUGGCAGGUGGAUGAAAAGUUUGCUGAUUCUCAGGGCACUAGGUUUUGUUCUAUGGUGCUUACACAAAUGGCUGUGCAAAUGCCAGAUUUGAUGAUACCAGAAGUGAUGUAUUUGAAUAAGUAUUUGGCUCACGAUUCGUAUCAUUUACGAAAUUCGGUGCUUAGUGUCAUGGUAGAGGUGAUCCUCGCAGCACUUACCCGUAACGAUCUGAACGAGGAGGAGAAGGAAUCAAGGGAUGAGCUUUUAGAGAUUCUUGAGGAACAUAUAGCUGAUGUUGCAGCAAGCGUACGAUCUAAAGUUUUCCAACAUUGGUGUCGUCUUCAGAAGGAGAACGCUGUUCCCGUUAAGAUGCAAAAUGUUAUCCUGGAGAAGGCGAUCUUCCAUUUGAGGGAUAAAGCGGCGAACGUGAGGAAGGUCGCAGCAAAUUGCGUCACCACCUUCCUGGAAUACAACUUAUUCGGAGCCAAAUUGGAAUUAGGAAAAUUGCGCGAGGAAUUGGCGGAGAAGAAAGGACUUCUGGACAAAUUGAAAUCAGAAUUGGAUGAUCUAAAACUGAACAAAUUGACGGAACUGGAGCAGGAGUGGCUCGAGAAGGAAAACGAAAUUAAAGCAGUCGUCGAAUCCAACAUUAAUAAAUCUUCCAAUGAAAAAUCUAUGGAAAUCGAUGAAAAUGUUGAUUCUUCUAUAGUCCGUUUUUAUAUUAUGGAAGGUAAAUACGAAGACGCAUUUAAGAUUUUCGAAAAGGUUGCUGCGAAUUCCGAUAACUUUCAGAAUAUCAAGGAGAAUAUGUCUAAUGAUGAUGUUGCUGGUUUCUAUUUGAUGCUGCUGAAGAGUAUGUUCCUGAAAAUACCAGAUCACAUUAAUGAAGUCAUAAACAGUAAUACGCAGAAUAAAAACGCUGUACCGACUGAAGAACACUUGGAACGUUUGGAGGCGCUCUCCACGACAGUUGAUUUCUUGCAAACCUCGGUUUCGUUUCUGGAGCUCUUGGAUCAAGCUAUGAAACCGAUGAUCGAUCUUUUGUAUUCAGUCAACAUAAGCGAUAUGACGGAAGCAGUGAACUUUUUCAUUGCUGCUUACAACUUUAAACUCGACAACGCUCUAAUAGGAGUCUUAGAAAUUCUAAAGGCAAUCCGAUCAUGCGAUCAUGACAGAAAAGAUAUUAUUUUAAACGCAAUGAAAACUAUCUACCUCACUACCAGCGCUGAAAACAUGGAAGAUCACACGACGACAAUCGUGGAGCGAUUGAUCGAUUUAUUGCGAACGAUUUCGAUGGAUAAUCUGCAGGAUCUGAAUUCAAUUAUAGCAGAGUGGGUGGAGAAAGGGACACUGGAUAAUUCUGUUAUAGACAUGCUGUGGCAGUACGUGACCUUGAAGAAACAAGAUGUUUGCAAAGAUAAAUCGCGAGCCGCCCUGACCAUAUUGACUAUGGCAGCGAAAGGUCGCAAAACCAUUGUUACCAGGAAUAUCAAAUUGGUUGGUACGAUAGGUUUCGGCGAGCGUGGCCAAGACGAUAUACUAUUAGCCACACACGCGUGCCACAUGUUAUGCGUUUCCUCUAUGGAUGUUCGCAACAUAUCUGAUCCGAAUCCACCAAAUAGAAUAUACGCAAACGAUGAGAUGUGGAAGUCCCUAAGGGACAUGGUCGUCACUAAUUUCGAUAAGAGAGUUAAAUUCUUCAAUGGAUUUCUUUCAGCUGCGGUUGAGUUAAUAUUCCGAUUGUGCUCAACUCCGUUGGUCGUUAUUGAGGAUAUUUUAAAAACCGCUUUGGUCAAGAUAGGCGAUGCUACUGAGGAGUCUUCUUUGGAGGCAUUUCUGCUUAUUAGAAUGAAUGUGCUUGUUGGAGAAAUAGCUAUCAGGUUUUUAAAUUUUAUGGAUGAAGAUAUUUACAAGGAGCUUAAACGACGUCAAUUUAUCCGCCGCGACAAGAAGAAGAAUAAUAAUAAAUCUUUGAGAAAGCGGAACAACGUUUCACUCUCGGCCAGUCAGUCGUCGUGCAGUACAGAUGCAACUGCAACUGAUGAUAGUAUUUUGGAGGGAGCGCAAGCUUGUGAUGCGGAUGCCGACUAUAUAUCUGAUUUACUAGAGAAUCGUACAGUCUCGAGUUCCAGUACUUUAGGAAAAUUGUCCCGUCACAUUGUAUAUCAAUGUGAAAAUCCUAAUACUUUCAAUGAGGAACAUGUUCAAUGUUCUGCGAUAUCUGCACUUCUCAGGCUGAUGCUUGUUUCCAGCGAUUUCUGUUCCAAGCACAUACAGCUGAUCUUCACAAUACUUGAGAAAACCUCAUUCGAAGACGUGAAAAUCAGCAUUCUGGUGCACUGUUCCGAUUUACUAGAAAAAUAUCCAAAUAUUGUUGAACCCUACACACCGCGAUUAUUUUUAAGAUUAGAAGAUAAGAGUGUUGAAAUCCGGAAAUCGGCGUUCUUUAUUUUAUCGAAUCUUAUAUUGAGAGAUAUGAUCAGAGCCCAAGGACACAUAUCUGAAAUGGCUAUAAGUAUUGUUGAUGAGGAAGAUGAUAUGCGGCAGAUGGCCUCCAACUUCUUCGUGCAACUCUCGCAUAAAGCCAACAAUUUAUACACCGUACUUCCCGAUAUCUUCACGCACCUCUGCGACAAGGUCAAAGAUGAAGAACAGCUAAAAACGAUUCUAAAGUUCCUGUUUGGAUUGAUCGAUAAUAACAAGCAAAUGGAAAGCUUGGUCGAUAGGUUCUGCGCCAAAUACCGUUUAUCCGAGGAUGAAAACGUGGCGAAGAACAUCACGUUCUGUCUCACCUUAAUUAAUUACAACGAGAGAAGUCUGAAGAAACUCUCCGAGAAUUUCGAAUUGUAUAAGAAUUUCGUGCUCGUCAACGAUGUGUACCUUUAUUUGAAGCAGAUAUUGGCAAACUGCACAAAGGGAGUCGUCAAACAGGAAAUCAAGGAUCGCGUGACGGAGCUGGAGGGUAAAAUAAAGGGAAUGUUCGAGUUGACUGAAGGAGCCAAAAUGCCGGAUGUUCCAAAGAAAGUUACUAGAAAAUCCAAAAAUAAGUCGCUGGCCAAGAAGAAACAAGUGAAGAAACGGUCCAAAGUGGAAUCCGACUCUGAUUCUUCCGACUGAUUUAUAUGAACCAUAUAUGUUACAUGCUUACCAUAACAAAUAAAUAUUUUUUUACAAUCUCAA